AUGCGUGGCGCAAAGCGAACUCUUGCGGAGAUCGUCGCCCACGAGGACUCGGACGACGAUGAUUACGAUGACCAGGCCCCCGGACCGUCAAAGUCUCGAUCCUCUAGAACUAAGCAAGGUCGUGUGCCAGUCCGCAAAAAGCCACGAAGGAAGUAUUCAGGCUCUGACAUCGAGAGUGACGGUGAAGAGCUCGACUCUGAAGAGGAUUCAUUUCAGGAAGAGUCCGACGAUGAUGACAUAGAAACAAACGAAAGAGGACGCCCUGUGCGGAAAACUGCGAAGAAGGUUGUCAAAUAUGAGGAGGACGAGACUGAUGAAGACGAAAUUGCCAAAUCAACUUCGGGAGAGCCCCAGACACCCCCUCCAACUGCUCAGCGUAAGAAGCUAAUCAUCAAACUCAAGACGACGCCAGCUGCUAACCGACCAAUUCGCUCGACGAGGACGAGGAGUGGUAGUUACGCUGGCAAGCAGGGCUUGACUUCUCCAUCUACUGCUCAUCCGACUGGCACAAGGAGGAGUAGUCGACUGUCACAUGAUGAAGAAGAGCCUGUGAUUGCCCUAACGAACUCAGGGAACCACGUGGAGGUCAUUCGGGCGGGCUCUCGUGACCCUGAAGAUAUUCACCCUAGAGCCGUUAAGGGCGGAAAGGGCCUGAAAUAUCCAUCGAAGAGCACUAUCGACGAAGAGCCAGAAUCCUUACCGAAAGACGAUGAGGGCGUAGAGGAGGACAGUGAAGAAGAGCUGGAGAUCAAAGCUUCCCAGCAUGAGCUUCUUGACAGCGACAUUCCCGCGCCAGAUAAUGACCAACAGAUUCCUCAAGUAGUUUCCGACCUCAUGGAAAUGACUGGCGUCGAGAGCGGUGAUGAACUUGCUCUCAACGAAUCUACCGGCGCAGAGGCAAGUCAAGAAAAGGAAGACCAUGAUGAGGAAGACGAAGACGACGUGCAGCCUCGGGGACGGCCUACACGCGCGUCGACCAAAGCACGGGCUCACUCUCCACCGCCAGACCUUGAGGAAGAUCCAGCACACCUUCGUGUCCGAAAUCUUCGAAGCCGUGCUAAGGACGGUGCUUCUGGGAGUCGACGGCGGAAAGCGCAGGACGAAAGCAGCGAUUUUGAUCCUGACGAGAACCAAGAAAACCAGGACGAAAUGUCAAGUUCUGGGGAAUCCGAUGCUUCACCCCGCAAGACAAAUCGUGGAGACGGAGAAUAUGAUAGCAGCAACAACGGCAGGCGUUCGACACGUCUGCGGAGCAAGGCUGCAUCCCGUCAGCGAUCUGACGCCAGUGAUCAAGAUCUCGCUGCAGAGGUUGCAGAUCUCAAAAGACCUGGUCGAAAAGCAAGGCGCGAACGUGAGGAAAUUAUAUUCGAGCCACGUGGCCGUCGAGGUGGGAAGAAGCCAAACUACGAUCUGCUUCGUAGUCUAGCACCGAUUGAGGAUGAGGAUGGUCCUGCAGCACCAUCACCUUCCCAGAGAGCACGCAAGCCCGGUGCCGGCAGCUGGCAGAGAAGCCUCUUCAAUACCUACGGGCCUUUCGGCGGAGGGGGGGGUGCUGCACCUGUUCUUGGCGGUCCUGGCUUUCGAGCACAGGGCGGAGUGGAUUCCGACAGCAGCGACGAUGAAGGUAUGAAACAACCAGGAGGCAUGGGUGGCACCGUUGGUAUGACUCCUACAACUGCUACUCCUUUCAAUGCUUUCCCCCAAACACACAAUGCAGAUCCAGCUCAAGCAACUGCUGGUACUCCUGCAAACCUCGGUAAGAUCAAGGACAGGCAGGCUCUUGCGGACGCAGAUCCAUUGGGAGUGGAUCAGAAUGUCAACUUUGAUAGUGUAGGGGGGUUGCAAGGCCACAUUGAUCAGCUGAAAGAAAUGGUUGCUCUGCCCCUCCUCUAUCCUGAAAUUUUCCUACGCUUCAAAAUUACUCCUCCCCGUGGUGUGUUGUUCCACGGUCCGCCCGGAACAGGGAAGACUUUACUUGCUCGAGCUUUGGCGACGAGUGUCAGCUCACAGGGCCGGAAAGUCACUUUCUAUAUGCGCAAAGGUGCUGACGCACUGAGCAAGUGGGUGGGAGAAGCCGAGAGACAAUUACGCCUGCUCUUUGAGGAGGCUAGGAAGAACCAGCCGAGUAUUAUCUUCUUUGACGAAAUCGAUGGCCUGGCACCUGUCCGAUCUAGCAAACAAGAACAAAUUCAUGCCUCGAUUGUUUCAACACUUCUUGCUCUGAUGGAUGGCAUGGAUGGACGAGGACAGGUUAUCGUCAUUGGCGCAACCAACCGCCCUGACUCAAUAGAUCCUGCUCUUCGCCGUCCUGGCCGCUUCGACCGCGAGUUCUAUUUCCCCCUGCCUGGCACCGAAGCCCGACGCGCAAUCAUUGACAUUCACACCAAAGGGUGGAAGCCCGAGCUUGAUUCUGCUAUAAAAGAUGAACUGGCUGAGCUAACCAAGGGUUACGGGGGAGCAGAUUUGCGAGCCCUCUGUACCGAAGCCGCCUUGAACGCGGUCCAACGACGGUAUCCGCAAAUCUACAGCUCGGUUGAGAAACUCAAGAUUGACCCUCAGACGAUUGACGUUACACCGAAGGACUUUAUGAUUUCCAUCAAGAAAAUGACGCCCUCAUCCGAAAGAUCCACUUCUUCCGGUGCCUCUCCACUUCCCGAAAGCGUUGCGCCUUUGCUUCAGAAAAACUAUGAACAAAUCAAAGCGUUGCUCUCAGAAAUCUUACCACAAAAGAAGAUCUUAACGGCUCUUGAAGAGGCUCAAUUCGAAGACGGAUACGAUAACCAAGGAUUCGGCAAGGAGAAGAUGCAGCAAAGGUUUGAAACUUCAAGGGUAUUCCGGCCUCGACUCCUCAUCCAAGGCAAGAUCGGGAUGGGACAGCAGUAUCUAGCAGCUGCUUUGCUGAAUCAUUUUGAAGGCCUUCAUGUUCAGGCAUUCGACCUACCGACGCUGUUGAGCGACAACACAAGUACUCCCGAGGCCACCGUCAUCCGGCUUUUUACUGAGGUCAAGAUGCACAAACCUAGUGUAAUCUAUAUCCCUAAUGUACAGGACUGGUAUAGUACAGUGGGAGGCACGGUCAUCUCCACCUUUCUCGGAUUGCUAAGGUCAAUUAAGCCAACAGACCCCGUUCUUCUCUUAGGUCUCGUUGAAGGUGACCAGGACGAAAUUGAUGAUAGCAUGCGUCGUGAGCUAUUCGGCUACUCUAAACGCAAUCAAUACCAGCUGAAAGAGCCCGGCCACCCUGAGCGGCUUGCGUUCUUUCAAACGUUAAAAGACUACAUAGGAACCGCGCCGUCCGAUUUUCCCAACCCUGCCAACCGCAAGAAGCGGCAGCUCGAGAAAUUAGAUCCUGCACCCCCAGAGCCUGAGAAGCCAGCCCCACCGCCCUCGAAGGAAGAAGUCAAGCUUCAGAAAAAGAAGGACCGCCAGACUCUCAACAUGCUCAAGAUCCGACUGCAACCAAUAAUGGAUCAGAUACGAACCAGACAUAAAAAGUUUCGUACUGGUGUGAUCGAAGAGAGUCAAAUCCGCUACCUCUUUGACGAGGCAGAUCCUGGCACAGUAACUUCUGAUCUUCAACAUGAGGUCCUUGCCCGAGCAUCAUUUAGGCCUUUUGAGAAAGGCACAGACCCUCAUGGUGUGACGGUUCUAGUUGACCAAGCCAACGGCAAUUACUAUUAUAACCUCGACUCUGUAACCAUCGAGAAGCGACUGAGCAAUGGUUAUUACAAGAGACCAAAAGACUUCCUUGCUGACAUCAAGCGUCUGGAAAAGGAUGCAAAGGCCAUUGGAGACGAAGAUCGGCAUCUGAAAGCCAAAGAGCUGUUAGCCAACGUUGAGGUUGAUAUAGGUUCGAUUGAAUUUGGUGAGCCGGCGUUCGCCGCUGAGUGUGAACGGGUUUAUCAACGAGAGCUCGCCAGAGAGAAGGAAGCCUUGAGAUUACUACAAGCCGAAAAUGAGCAGAACCGGGGUAUGCCACCACCACAGAUAGUCUCGAAUGUACCUCACGGAAACUCCGGCCCGUCCGUCACGACCACUUCAACGACCGGCCCCAUACAACUUGGGGAGCCCAUGAUACAACAUCAUGAUUUUGCGGCUAGCUUGUUACCGACUCAGUUCUCGGCUGGCGAAUCUAAUGGCUCAGCGAUGACCAACGGAAUACACCACGAGUAUGAUCAAGAUCAAGCCCAUGAGGAUUUGACAAAUGGUUCCGGCUCCAGCCAUGGCGUUCAGGUUGGCGAAGACACUCCAAUGGGAGGAACGGAAGCCAAUCCUCAUGAAUCAAAUGAGAAGAGCAAUGAAACGCAGCAGUCUCAGACUUCCAGCUCGUAUGGCAACCGCGGAUCUGCACAGCCGCGCCCUUUCCAUUCGUACACGGCGCCGUCACAGCAAUUGAUGAAGGAAUCAGGAAUGUCUGCACCUCGUUCCCAGACAGGUCCCUUCACACCUAUGCCAGCUGGGAGCAUAGCCGCAGAGUUUCAAAACGACGCUAGUACCACGCAAUCGUCGGACAAGAGGUUGUCGUCUGGCGACAGAGAACAAGUGAAUACCCAGGAAUCAGGCCCCAAUUUCUAUCUACUGGAGGAGCGCCGGUCAGCAGAUGCAGGCAGUGAUAUCCCAGACACCCAAGGUACGCGAGGUUUCCCGUUCGUCCCUAAACGUCCCUUUGCAGCCAUGAGCACCAGGGAAUUAUUUAACCUAACCCUGAAAGCAGAUAACCCUUCGUACUCACAAGGAUCGCCUAGCAACAAUACCAAUGCCAGUCACCUUCGCCCAAUAGGUCUAGCAGCAUCUCCACAUGCUCAGGAAAAGCAGACUCAGCCCCCAGUGCCGGCAUUUGAUGCCCAUCCCACGGUGCAGCCCUCUCAUCGGCCAACUUCACAGAUUCAGGAUCUCCUUAAUCCAUCGCCACAGCCGAACCUGAUUCAGGUAGAACAACGCAGUCUAGACAAUUUCCACCAGGACGUUGCAGACAAGACUAGUGGUCUUAGCGUGGAGCAACUUGAACAGGUCAAUAGCGUGCUAAUGGACACAUUGUGGCAGACGAGAGGAGAAUGGGACCGAGGAAAGGUGCUCUCGGAAGUCGGUAAAGCGUUCAAUGAUGUGAUGUUAGACAUGCAAGAAUCCGGGCAGGAGUUUGGCCCAAGCAGUUGGGGGCGGAAGACCCAAGCAUAG